AUGGCCACGGUAAUACCACCACCUUCAAAAAGACAAAAAAGAGAAGCACAACAAGUUAGAGAAGUAGAUCUCGUACCAGAAGAUGUGCCGAAUGUUUUAAUUAAAUUUCAAGCAUCAGAUACUGGAGAAUCAACGGGUGGAUCAAUAAGAGUACCAGGAGGUAUAACGGAAAAACAAUUAGAAGAAUUGUUAAAUAAUUUAAGAGGAGAAAGUGAUGAUCCAGUGCCGUAUACUUUUUCAUUACUAGAUAAUGAUGAAAGUAAGUUAAUAGAUAUUAAAGAUACAAUAUAUCAUUCCAUAUUAAAACCUGGUAUAAAAUCAACAGAAGAUUUCCUCACGUUAGUAUAUACACCAAGAGCAAUUUUCAAAGUCAAACCAGUCACAAGAUCAAAUGCUGCAAUAGCAGGUCAUGGAUCAACAAUUUUAUGCUGUUCAUUUGCACCAAAUGAUUCAGGAAGAAUGUGUUCUGGAGCUGGAGAUUCAACUGCAAGAAUAUGGGAUUGCAAUACAUCAACACCAAUGCAUACACUACUGGGACAUACAAAUUGGGUUUUAUGUGUUGCAUAUUCCCCGUGUGGUACAAUGAUUGCAACAGGUUCAAUGGAUAAUACAAUACGGUUAUGGGAUUCACAAACUGGAAAACCAAUAGGUAAGCCUUUAACUGGACAUUCAAAAUGGGUGAGUAGUUUAAGUUGGGAACCAUUACAUUUAGUAGCCCCAGAUGCUACCCCAAGAUUAGCAUCAAGUUCAAAAGAUGGAUCAGUCAAAAUAUGGGAUACAACUUCAAGAACUUGUACAUUAACUAUGAGUGGUCAUACAAACCUGGUACUGUGUGUUAAAUGGUCUGGAUCAAAUAUUGUAUAUAGUGCAUCACAUGAUAAAACUAUAAAAGCAUGGGAUAUAUCAGCAGGUGGUAAAUGUAUACAAACUUUAAAGAGUCAUGCACAUUGGGUAAAUCAUUUAUCUUUAUCAACAGAUUAUGUAUUAAGAAAAGGUGGGUUUGAUCAUACAUCAACAAGAGCUUCAAAAUAUACACCAGAAGAAUUACGUCAAAGAGCAAAAGAUCAAUAUGAAAAAGUUGCAAAAUUAAAUGGAGUAAUAAGUGAAAGAUUAGUUACUGCAAGUGACGAUUUUACAAUGUAUUUUUGGGAACCAUUAAAAUCUUCAAAACCAUUAUUAAGAAUGACAGGUCAUCAAAAAUUGGUAAAUCAUGUUGGUUUUUCACCAGAUGGAAGAUAUGUAGUAUCAAGUUCAUUUGAUAAUUCAAUUAAAAUUUGGGAUGGUAUAAGAGGAACAUUUAUUUCAACCUUAAGAGGUCAUGUUGCACCAGUUUAUCAAACUGCUUGGUCUGCUGAUAAUAGAUUGUUAGUUAGUUGCUCAAAAGAUACAACUUUAAAAGUCUGGGAUGUUAGAACUAAAAAAUUAAAUGUUGAUUUACCAGGUCAUGCUGAUGAAGUUUAUGCAGUUGAUUGGAGUUUAGAUGGUAAAAGAGUCGCAUCUGGUGGUAAAGAUAAAAUGAUUAGAUUGUGGUCUCAUUAA